GUUGAAAGAAGAAGAGGAAGAGGACCAGCCCUGCUAGCCAGUUGCAUAUGAAUAUAUGGCCGUGAUUUUGUGGAUUCAUUUAACGCAGUCCAAGUAUUAAAUCAGAUAAAAAUCUGAAACAUCGAUUAAAAGAAGAUGCAGGAUGACGCUCGCUACCUCAAACGAAAGGUGACUGUGGGCAGUUUGGAUGUUCAUCCCACAGAGAAAGCCCUCGUGGUCCACUAUGAGGUGGAAGCAUCUAUACUGGGAGAAGGUGGAGGUCAUGUGGUGGGUGAACGGAAGGAAGGUCAAAAAAUUAUCCGUGUGAAGAGCCUUUCUCCCAGUACAGAUGUGGGAGCUUUGGCAAAGAAAGUGGUGGAGGAGUGUAAACUCAUCCCUUCUUCCCGUAUGCCUCAGGUGGAGCAGCUCCUAUACUACUUGCAGAACAGGAAAUCCUCCCCAGUUGAGGGCAAAAGGGAGACGAAAGAGAAACAAACUGUGAAACCCAGAGAGCUUACACCAUUUGAAGGAGUGGAGUUAAAUGAGGAGGCCAGUAUAACCAGAGUUGAUGAGUAUGUUGAACUUCUCUACGAGGGCAUCCCUGAGAAGAUCCGAGGAUCAGCUCUCAUACUGCAGCUCGCCCGGAACCCUGAUAACCUGGAGGAGCUGCUUCACAACGAGGCAGCUCUAGGUGCUCUGGCCAGAGUAUUGAGGGAGGACUGGAAACAGAGUGUAGAACUGGCAACCAUUAUCAUUUACAUCUUCUUCUGCUUCUCAAGUUUCAGUCAGUUUCAUGGCGUGGUGAGUCAUUAUAAAAUAGGUGCUUUGUGUAUGAGCGUGGUGGAACACGAGCUGAAGAGACACGAUGUUUGGCGCGAGGAGUUACGCAAGAAAAACCAGGCUUAUGAGUCUGCACCAGAAAAUGGUUCCCUGAGAAGAGACCAGGACAAAGCUCUGAGGAAAUACCAAGGCCUUCUCGCUAAACAGGAGCAGCUGCUCAGAGUGUCUCUUUACCUCCUGUUGAACCUGGCUGAGGACACGAGGACAGAACUGAAGAUGAGGAACAAAAACAUUGUUGGUCUAUUGGUUAAAGUCCUUGAACGGGAGGAUGAAGAGCUGCUCGUCCUGGUUGUUUCAUUCCUUAAAAAACUGUCCAUCUUUCUGGAGAACAAGAAUGACAUGGCUGAGGUAAAUACUGUGGAGCGAUUGGCUCAUCUGGUUCCCUGUGACCAUGAAGACCUGUUAAACCUGACUCUGCGUCUGCUGCUCAACCUCUCUUUUGAUUCUGGACUCCGAGCGAAGAUGGUGGAAGUUGGACUCUUACCUAAACUGACUGCUCUGUUAGGUGGUGAGAACAACCAUCAGGUAGCCUUGCGAAUCCUCUAUCAUAUCAGCAUCGAUGACCGCUUCAAGGGCAUGUUUGUUUACACUGAAUGCAUACAGCAGCUCAUGCGACUGCUGUAUGAGCAUACUGAGGAAGAAAUGGAAACUGAGCUCAUCUCCGUCUGCAUCAACCUGGCUGCAAACAAGAGGAAUGCACAGCUCAUGUGUGAAGGGAAUGGGUUGAAGAUGCUGAUGAAGAAAGCUCUGAAAAUGAAAGACUGCCUUCUGAUGAAGAUGAUCAGAAACAUCUCACAACAUGAUGGGCCAACCAAACCACUGUUCAUAGACUAUGUUGGUGACCUGGCAGCAGAGAUCCGUGCAGAGGAAGAGGAGGAGUGGGUUCUGGAGUGUCUGGGUACUCUGGCCAACCUUACCAUUCCUGACCUGGACUGGGAGUUGGUGGUUAAGGAGUACAAUCUGGUACCUUUUCUCAAAGACAGACUGAAACCAGGCUCAGCAGAGGAUGACCUCAUCCUGGAGGUAGUAAUUAUGAUUGGAACUGUUUCCAUGGAUGAUGCCUGUGCUGCUAUGUUGGCUAAAUCUGGCAUUAUUCCUGCACUUAUUGAGCUACUUAAUGCCCAACAGGAGGAUGACGAGUUUGUGUGUCAGAUUGUCUACGUCUUCUAUCAAAUGGUGUUUCAUCAAGCUACGCGAGAUGUCAUCAUCAAAGACACACAGGCUCCAGCCUACCUGAUCGAUCUGAUGCAUGACAAGAAUGCAGAGAUCAGAAAAGUGUGUGACAACACCCUGGAUAUCAUCGCUGAGUACGAUGAGGAGUGGGGGAGGAAGAUUCAGUCAGAGAAGUUCCGUUUCCAUAACAACCAGUGGCUGGAGAUGGUCGAGAGCCGGCAAGCGGAUGAGUCUGAACCGUAUUUCUAUGACAACGACAACGACAGGACUGAUCUAUUUUAUAGUGCAGAUGGAAUUACUCCAGGUGAUGGUUCGGUCAGCCCAGAGUUCUUCGGGGACCUGCAGCCUCAAAACGGAGACUCACACCUCACAGUAGAUGGAAACGAUGUCUUUGACCAGACCAGUUCCUCACCUGGACGACCAGCUACUGCCUACGGAUUCAGACCUGAUGAACAACCCUUCUAUCAGUACUCGUAGGCAAACGUUUAACAUUCAAUGACCUCCUGUAAUCUAAGGUCCAUUUUGUAUUCUCAAUCUGCAUGUCCCCUUCCUCAUGUUAGUGCUAGAAUCCCUUUUUCAUUUAAGGCGUCCCAUUAGUAUAGCUACUAAGAAAUCAUGAGGACAGACACUCUGCAUGUGCACAAUGUGAACUUGUAACCAGAAAGAAUGCAGCUCCAUGCAGUGAUAACGUUGUUAAACAGAUAUGUACAUAACGUCUUCAGUCUUCUAAUGUUGACUUGCUGACACAGUGGGUCGAGGACAUUGAAGAAAGUGAACUGCUAACUGAUUUCUUGAGUCUUUUCAACACUAUAGUAAAUAUUUGUUGCUUCUUUACAUUUGGUGUAAAAAACAUUGAGUCAUAUGAAGGGAUGUAACGAUACCUUGGGAGACUGUAACAUAGUGAUAUGGAUAAGAGACUGUUCAAACAGUGAGAUGCACUGAUGGUCUUUUUCAACCUGCACCAUGAAGAGAUGCUCAAGACACUGAACAUGUAUAAAAUGUUUGCACUACAUACUGCCUAGUUUGUAAAAGAGUUGGGACCAAGUGUUGGUGUUUAAAGGAUUUGAGCUCAUAAAUAACAUGUUUAAGAUAAAAUACUGCUCACAAUGUGUUAGUAGUUAUUGACAGCUGUUAUGACCCAACUUUUCAAAGACAUUCAUGAAAACUAGUCGACACAGAGCUGCCUGAAUGUCAAUAGCCAGGAACACUAAAAAUGAUCCAUAUCCAUUUUUUUUUGCGCAGUGGUUAGUGCACACGCCCCAUGUAUGGAGGCUGUAGUCCUCCAAGCGGGCGGCCCAGGUUCAAAUCCGACCUGUGGCUCCUUUCCCGCAUGUCAUGCCCCUCUCUCGCUCUCUCCCUGAUUUCCAACUCUAUCCACUGUCCUAUCUCUACAUUAAAGGCACAAAAAUCCUUUUUCAUUGAAAAAGCAUUUUUGUAAGACAUCAGUGUUACUUUUUAGAAUGAAAAAUGAGCAGUGUGUUUUUAAGUAACUUUACAGCCUCAUGGUUCAUUAAUGAAUACAAUUUGAGAUGUUUUUUUCAUUGCCAUAGAGUUGUAAUAAAACGAUCAUGUUAUUAAUGAUAUAUUUAUAAUUUGACUUCUUUCUAAUGUCUUUUUGGAUGGAUGAAAGGAGUGAGUUGUAUCGUUACAUCCCUAGCCAUCCCUAGAUUUUCUAACAUCACAUUGUUACAUGGUUUGAGAUCAUCUGAUGUUAUGUCAACAUGCUGAUGUCUUCAGUCUCUGUCUCUGUAAAAUGGGAACAUUGUUUUUCAUGGUCUUCAGGCUGUGUUUACACUUGUUGGUCAGUACCUGUCUGAUUGAAAUGGUCUGAUAUGAGUCUCCAGUGAUGAAGCAUUGCAUGAUCAAUAUUUAAAAAAGGAAUCAAUAAAUAUUUUGUCUCUUUAAUUCCUUACACUCCUCGUAUAAACCUUUGAUCCUUUUACCCACAAUGGAACAUGACUGUCAGAGAUUCAGCUGUGAUAUGUUAUUAUUAGCACAUGUAGCCACAAUGAGCUAGCCUGAGGAAGAGAUUUACAGCUAAUUUCUACUAAGCUCACUUCCUUCUUCCAGAUUGUCUAGACUUUGUCCUCUACAUACAUUUUAAGUGUGGAGAAUUUGAAGUGAGACACACACUGUAGCAGGAGAGAGAUCAGGUUUGCCGUUAGCUACAUCUGGAUUCACAAAAUGGUUUACUAACUUUUGCACAUACCUAUUAGUAUUUCCCAACACAAUUUUUAAACAAUGUUUGCUGAUCUCGUUAGAGCUGACCACUUUAUUCACGCAAGAUGAUUUGUUUACACUUAAGAGGUGCCUGUUUGUUUCUUUGCAGGCAUUUCAGGCGGUGCAACUCCCCUUGUCAUAGUUACAGGUCUCCACCACUUCAUGCAUGUUAAAAACAAAAAGGCACCAACCUUGUUUCCAUGCAGCAGUGGUCAAUACCUGACCAUGCCAUCAAGGAGAAUAAGGAAAAGGCGUUGCUAUUAACUAGCUCUAGUUUUUUUAAAAGGUGACCUCUGUUACAUCACUGUUUCCAUGGUUACUAACCAUGCAAAUCAAGGCUCAUCCUUCAUGAAAAGUUGAGACGGCUGCCUCGCUGAAAUGUUGCAGCUUCUACCAUCAUGGUGUUCACACUGACAGGCCGUGUAUCAGUCUCUGUACACUGCCUUUCUUAUGGCUGAUCAAACAUUGAACUUGCUUCAUCACAUAUUUUAUUGAUAUUUAGUUUAAUAAUUAGGGGAACCUCCUUUUUUUCCAGAUUGUCUGUGCUGCAGUAGUGUGUGAGCCUCUCCUGAGUAGUGCUGCUCAUGUUAACAUGCAUGCUGAAAUGAAAAUCACUAAGUUACACAUACUGCUCAGACGGUGUGAAUCAGAAGUUACAGCUCAGAAUUGGACUGCUUUGUGGCAGUACAAGGUUCAUUUAAAAAAAAUGUCUGACAAGGUUGGACAGACUCCCAAAACGGCUGGAAUAUUUUCACUCAUCUGUUUAUAUUCACAGUUUGACACUUUUUCAACAUGUGACCAAGUUUGUAUGUUUAGUAUGUCUUGAGUUCAAAUACUAUGAAUUAAAAUAAAAGAAGGCCUAAAGA